GAAUCAGAUUCGGCGAAUCUAAUCGAAGAUCAUAAGCAAAACCUAGCGCUUUCUUUCUUGAUCUUCAAAGAUGGUAUUGGCCUCAACUUUUCUCUGCCCUUUCGUUACUUCGGUCGCUGUUAAUCCCCACACUAAGAGCACAAGUGCUGUAAAGGGUUUCAGAUUAAAUUGUUUAAUCCAAACAGAGCAGCAGACUAAGAGCAAAUCGGCUUUGGUGGACACUAAGAGGGUUCCAACUACUGAAGAGACAAAAGAGCCAAGUAUGUCCACUGUGUUAGUGAAUUACCACAAUGACUUCGAUCCUUACAAAGCAACCUCUACACCAAUUUACCAAACCGCUACCUUCAAAAUGAAAUCUGCAACAGAAUUUGGUGACUAUGGCUAUUCUAGAAGUGCAAAUCCUACCCGAGAUACUUUGGAAAAAUUAUUAGCGAAGCUUGACAACGCAGAUUAUGCCUAUUGCUUCAGCAGUGGAAUGUCUGCUUUGACUGCUGCUUGUGAACUUGUUAAUCCUGGUGAUGAACUCAUUGCUGUAGAGGAUAUCUAUGGUGGUUCAUAUAACUUCCUGAACAAUCUAAUGGCGAGAAAGGAAGGAGUCACAGUGAAAAAAGUAGAUACAAGUGAUCUGGAGAAGGUGAAAGAAGCAAUGGGACUUAAGACUAAGUUGGUGUGGCUAGAGACUCCUAGCAAUCCUCAGCUAAAAAUAUCUGAUAUCCGAGCAAUAUCGGAGAUAGCUCAUGCACAUGGCGCUAUUGUAUUGGUGGACAAUAGUGUAAUGUCUCCUGUGCUAUGUCAGCCGUUGGACCUUGGAGCAGAUAUUGUUAUGCAUUCAGCUACCAAAUUUGUUGCUGGAAACAGCAGUUGUAUGGCUGGAAGCCUUGCUACGAGAAAUCCAGUGUUGGCAGAACACAUAAACUCUUUUAAAAAAGCUACAGGUUGUGCCUUGCCUCCAUUGGACUCUUGGAUAUGUUUGGAAGGAAUCAAAACAAUGGCCUUACGGGUUGAGGAGAAACAGAAAAAUGCACAAAUGAUUGCUGAAUAUCUUUCCAACCAUCCUCUAGUAACAGAAAUAAACUAUCCUGGUCUUCCUGGUAAUCCUGGAUAUGAUCUGCAUAAGUCUCAGGCAAGUGGGCCAGGAUCUGUGAUUAGCUUUAAAACAGGCUCACUACCACUCUCAAAGCAAGUUGUUGAACUUACUGAUUACUUUAGCAUGACUGUCAGUUUGGUAAGUAUUUUGGAGAAUAUACAUUGUCAUGUAAUUAAAUUGUUAAAUUUACUAUAUUUCUUUACUUUGAGAAUGACAUAUCAUAGUUAAUCAAAAUGGUAAUAAGGUGAUAGGGUGUGAUAGAGAAUAUUCUUGUUGCCAAUGACAAAAUUUAGUAGCUAGCAUGCAUUUCGAAUUCUAUAUAAUCUCUUCCUAAUCAUCAAUCAUUUAUGAUUCAAUAUUAAUAACUUUAUGUAGAUCAACAAAUUUGGUUAAAAUAAUUAGUUAAUACCUUCAAAAUUAGCCUCAAUAAAAUUCCUUAUUAAUUUUGUUGUUGAAUGUUGUGUAGGCGGUGUAGGUUCCUCAAUAUGCUUGCCCUGGUAUACAUCCCAUGACAGUGUGCCUGAACAACAGAAACUAAAGAUCGGUUUAACUAAAGAUCUUGUGCGUGUUUCUGUGGGGAUUGAGGAUGUUGAAGAUCUUAUUGAUGAUCUAGACAAGGCAUUGUCAUAUUAGCCAUUCUAAUUUCAUAUAUUAGAUGGCUUAAUUACUUGCUUCAAAUAAUAUGAUUGAUGAUGGUUCAUUGAUAAUUUGGUGGUUCUAUUAUCAUGUUCUAUUUCUUCUUUUGUUAUCCAUUUUGCAUUGUAUUUUUCUGUAACAAUUUGGAAUAAUAAUAAGCUUAUUGUUGACGCAAGGCAUCAUUUUUAUCA